UGCUUCGCCUGGGAGGGGCUGCCGGCUCAGUCCGACAGCUGCUUCCUGCUCCGACAGCCUACCCGCUCCCGGACGCUCGCUCAUUCCGCUCCCGGUCUUCCUGAAACCGACCCGUGCAAGGAAGCCUCCCCGCACAGUGCCGCUCCCGCCUCCGCCUCCACCGCCGCUUCCCCAGCUUCUUAGGGAGGGCCUUGUCCGCAGCCUCUGCCCGCGUCCCGCCUGCCCCACCACCCCCCACCCCGGCCAUGCUGUCCUUCCAGUACCCCGACGUGUACCGCGAUGAGACCGCGGUACAAGAUUACCAUGGGUCUAAGAUCUGUGACCCCUAUGUUUGGCUUGAAGACCCAGAUAGUGAACAAACAAAGGCUUUUGUGGAGGCCCAAAAUAAGAUUACAGUGCCCUUUCUUGAGCAGUGCCCUGUUAGAGGAUUAUACAAAGAAAGAAUGACUGAAUUAUAUGACUAUCCUAAGUACAGCUGCCACUUCAAGAAAGGAAAAAGGUAUUUUCAUUUUUAUAAUUCAGGACUGCAGAACCAACGAGUAUUAUAUGUACAAGAUUCUUUAGUUGAUGAAGCCAAGGUAUUCCUUGAUCCAAACAAGCUUUCUGAUGAUGGCACUGUGGCUCUUCGAGGCUAUGCAUUCAGUGAAGAUGGUGAAUAUUUUGCCUAUGGCCUAAGUUCCAGUGGUUCUGACUGGGUAACUAUCAAAUUUAUGAAAGUUGAUGGAUCUAAGGAUCUUCCAGAUGUCCUAGAAAGAGUCAAGUUCAGCUGCAUGGCUUGGACCCAUGAUGGAAAGGGGAUGUUCUACAACUGCUACCCCAAACAGGAUGGAAAAAGUGAUGGCACUGAGACAUCCACAAAUCUUCACCAGAAGCUAUUCUACCAUGUUUUGGGGACUGAUCAAGCAGAAGAUAUUUUGUGUGCCGAAUUUCCUGAUGAGCCAAAGUGGAUGGGUGGAGCUGAGUUAUCUGAUGACGGUCGCUAUGUCCUAUUAUCAAUAAGACAAGGAUGUGAUCCAGUUAACAGACUCUGGUAUUGUGAUCUACAACAGGAAUCCAAUGGCAUAACAGGGAUUUUGAAUUGGGUAAAGCUGAUAGACAACUUUGAUGGAGAAUAUGAUUAUGUAACAAAUGAAGGGACAGUUUUCACCUUCAAGACAAAUCUUCAUUCUCCUAACUAUCGACUAAUUAAUAUCGACUUCAAGGAUCCAGAUGAAUCCAAGUGGAAAGUGCUUGUUCCAGAACAUGAAAAAGAUGUACUUGAAUGGGUAGCUUGUGUCAGGUCCAACUUUCUGGUGUUGUCCUACCUCCAUGAUGUAAAAAACAUCCUACAGCUGCAUGAUCUUGCCACCGGUUCCCUCCUCAAGACUUUUCCACUAGAGGUCGGCAGCAUCGUGGGAUAUAGUGGCCAAAAGAAAGACACUGAAAUCUUCUAUCAGUUUACUUCCUUCUUAUCUCCAGGUAUUAUUUAUCACUGUGAUCUUACCAGAGAGGAGUUAGAGCCCAGAAUUUUCCGAGAGGUGACUGUGAAAGGAAUUGAUGCUUCUGAUUACCAAACAGUCCAGGUGUUCUACCCCAGCAGAGAUGGCACGAAGAUCCCAAUGUUCAUUGUGCAUAAGAAAGGAAUUAAAUUAGAUGGCUCUCAUCCUGCUUUCUUGUAUGGCUAUGGGGGCUUCAAUAUAUCUAUAACACCAAGCUACAGUGUGUCCAGGCUUAUUUUUGUGAGGCACAUGGGUGGUGUGCUAGCAAUAGCUAACAUUAGAGGAGGGGGUGAAUAUGGAGAGACCUGGCACAAAGGUGGUAUCCUGGGCAAAAAGCAAAACUGUUUUGAUGACUUUCAAUGCGCUGCUGAAUAUCUUAUAAAGGAAGGUUACACUACACCAAGGAGAUUGACUAUUAAUGGAGGCUCAAAUGGAGGACUUUUAGUGGCUGCCUGUGCUAAUCAACGCCCUGAUCUCUUUGGUUGUGUCAUUGCCCAAGUUGGAGUAAUGGAUAUGCUCAAGUUCCAUAAGUAUACCAUUGGUCAUGCCUGGACCACUGACUAUGGCUGCUCUGACAAAAAAGAACACUUUGAAUGGCUUAGCAAGUACUCUCCAUUACAUAACAUCAGGUUACCUGAAGGGGAAGGAGUCCAGUAUCCAUCCAUGUUACUUCUUACUGCAGAUCACGAUGAUCGAGUGGUACCCCUUCACUCCUUGAAGUUCAUUGCAACCCUACAGUACAUUGUGGGCCGAAGCAGAAAGCAGACCAACCCUCUGCUUAUUCAUGUUGAUACCAAGGCAGGCCACGGAGCAGGAAAACCCACUGCUAAAGUUAUAGAAGAAGUCUCUGACAUGUUUGCAUUUAUCGCUCGGUGCUUAAAUGUCGAUUGGAUUGAAUAAAUGGAAUUCUCAGCUCCCGUUGUAUCCCCAACAUAAACCUCAAGGGCUUUUAACCACCAUUUACACAGAGAAAACCAGUGGGCGUAGUACCUGUACUUGAGAACACUGUUCCCACAACUAAGAACCACAGUCCGUUCUUCCAGUGACCCAAACUGCUGUGGGAAUUUUACCUUUUUUAGGCUUCUCCGUUUUAUCAUUCCCUGGGAGGGGCUUUUUCUGCCGUAUUCUGACAUAUGUUUAAAAAAAAAAAAGCAUGUUUGGACAAAUAGCUAAACUUCAGCAAAUGCUGUCAUGAAUACUUGGGUUUACAGAGUGUUGAAGUGAUAGUCAAGCUUCCUAUUAACUUCUUAAUGUUAUUUGCUCCCAUAACCAUAUCCAAGUCGCCUGUAAGUAAACAUAAGAGCUGUGAUAAUACAAAAACAGGAUUUCUUUACAACCAUAAUAAAUGUUAUUUAAGAAUGGGAGGCCUUAUUUCUGGUUCUUUACAAAUUACUGGUGGGAGGAGAUACAAAUUCUAAUCAGACUGGAUUAAAUUAGUUUUCUCUCAAAAUAUAAACUUUGCCCAGCUUUUGCAACAAAUUGAUUUUCAAAAUGUCCAGAGUCAUCUUAGAUUCUUUGGAUUAACAAUUUAUAAAUAAUUUGAUUCAAGUAAUCAUUUGAAUUUAAGCUGCUUUUUUUUUCAAUAUUGUGCUACCCACUGAUCUAUACCUACCUCUCUUAAGCUCUUUUAUUUAAAUGCCUCCUAUAAAAAUGGAUGGAAACUGGAAAAUGAUGUCUGCUUCCUAAAAUCCAGACUUUAAUUUCUUUCCCUAAGUUAACAAAUAUUUCUGAAAAUAUUAGGCUUUUCCAGCUCUAAAUGCUAAGAUUAGUGAUUCUUGUCUCAUGGGAGCCAAAUAUGCAUUCCUUAAACUUUCUAAGCAGGUCUUUCUUUUAAAAACUUCUAUCAGAAAGGCACUUUUUAGACUUAAAUUAGUUAUCUUACUGUUUCCUUUUCUCUCCUCAUCAGAGUUAAAGAAGGUAUGCCCUUUGUAUGAUUUUCCAUAUAUAAAAUUCCAUACGAGGACAUAACAGAUUUCUCUUCACCAAAAUAAGAUCAGUUAUUCCAAUUCCUUUCACCUGUCCAGGUAGGUCCUACUUUUCAACACUGCUAGUCUGCAGUCCUCUCUGGGCACACCUCAAACUGAAUGCAUAUUAUUUUCUACAAAGGACCAAUGCCGAGCAUUGCAGAAGGCUAGCAGCUUGGUUUGUUUCUACUCAGUGCAUUUGUAGGAUCAUGGUUUUUAAACCCUGAUUAUGCAGAACACUGCUGGCACGUAGUUAACUUGUGCUUCACUGUUGCCCUUCUGAAUCCAAGGUGUCUCUCUCCAUCUUUUCUGAAACUGACAUUGUUACCAUAUGGCCAUAGAAAUAGCAAUACUGCCCAACAACCAAUUUGCAUCACUUCUAAACAGCAUGCUAGGAAAAAGCCAAUAAAAUGCAUUUGCACAAUUGAGCCAAAAGGCCUUUUGAUCAACUGAUUUAUUUGACUGUGUACAGAUAUCUGAAUUGUACCUGUGUUUCUCCUGAGAGCCUAAAGGCUAGAGGAGAAAUGUGUAAUUACAUUAAAAAUGUCAAUAAAUGCAAAAUUGAUUUUUCAAAGUGAAAAGUAUUUGGAAGUUAUUAUGGACCCAGCCCCACUUGUUUUUCCCUUAAAAAAAAAAGGCAUUUGGACUAUGUUGUGAAUUGUAGGUUCAGUGGUAUCUUUAACUUGCCCCCCCACCCCAUUUUUUAAACUGUUGCAUUCCAGAAUGGCUGUACUUUUUGGAAAGGAAGUGAGGGCUUUAGUUGAUUUUAAAAUGUGCUUUUCUAAUUUGGUUUAGGGCACAAGUACUCUUUUUUUUUUUAAAUACUCAUUUUUGACACUUGAAAUAAAGUUAGUCACCUUAAAGUACAGUUGGAAUCUAGGGCUUAGUCAUUUUCCAGCUGACAGUUGCAGCCCAAGCCAGACCCCCUUUUCCUUUCUUGGCAAUCUAUAAUGAUAAUAAUGAACAGCAUUUAUAUAGUGCCUACUAUGUGCUAAGCACUUUACAAAUAUAUCUCAUUUGAUCAUCACGACAACCCUAGGAGUUAGGUGCUAUCUAUUAUUAUCUCCAUUUUAUAGUUGUGGUAACUGAGGCAGACAGAGGGUGUGACUUCUCCAGAGCCUCACAGUAUCUAAAGUUGGAUUUGAACUCAGAUCUUCCUGACUUUAGACACACUGCCACCUAGCUCCCUCUUCUGGGAUUUGCUAAACUAGAAACUUAGAAUCUCCUAUGCAACCCUGUUGAUUGGCUUCUCCUUACUUGUAACAUCAGAGGUAGGAAAUGAAUCAGACAGCAUUGAGACCUUCCACUGUCCUGUGAACCAUGAAUCCAGCCCAUCUUAAUUGGCUUAGUUAAUAGUAUACCAAGUCCUGGGAGAAGCCUCCCACAGAUUAUUGUGGAGAUAUUUUUCUCCACCAUAGCCUUACGAGUACAAUAUCCAAUGAAUGCAUGUCUUCCUAAUUUCAGGCCCAGUGCUCUCUCUGCUGCCCCACAUAGCUGCCUCCAUAGACCCCUUCUUAGGAGCCCAUAGCUCUUCAGAGUAACAGAGGAGUCCAUGACAAUGAAAAGUAAACCAUUGGUUUAGAACCAAGGACCCCAAAUUUCAAGAUUUAUCAAGUCAUUACUUUGCAUGUCAUUCAGAAACCAGCCAAUAGCCAAUAAAAAAUGGAAGAUAUUGGAUAUCCUUAAGGAAAAUAAAAGUAUAUAAAUCAACAUACUAAUUAUUAAUAUAGCUAAUAUAUAAUUAUCAUUCAUAAUAUAUGAAAUAAAAUAUAUAUAAAUGCUAUUUUCAGCCGUUGUUGCUACUAUUCUUAUCAUCAGGAAUCUUCCAUCACUGAGCAUGGGUGGAGGGUGGGUAAUGAUAACUAUUGUUGGCAGUACCUUAUUAAUGGUUUAUCUUAAUGUAUCUUUUUGGGUGGUUAUAAAUUAGAUUGUAAAACAUCAUUAAGUCUCCCUUAUCUGGCAUAUGCUUGAAUAAAUUGGUUAACAGGC